AUGUCUUCAAAAACUCUCCACUCAAAGCGUUCCUUUGGCGGAAAGCUACGGAUGGGAGCUGCACGCGUCGACUCACCCGCAUACGACGCUUCCGAAGAAGACAACGACUACCCGCUCACCGACGACAGCGUCACCGGACACCCAGCCCGCACCUCAAGGAAUAACCUUGUCCCGUCCUCAAGCUCCUCAUCUUCUUCAAAACAUUUCCAUCACCAGCCCUCAGCCACAACCCCACGCUCCCGCUCGCACUUGGCCCUCCAGAACACCAACGACUCGGACCAGUACACCUCAGGCGUCGACUCACCCACCUACGACGGCGACAUAGAGUACAGCAGCGCAGCAACAACAACAGGCCUUGGUCUUCGUGUAUUUGGAGCAUCAUCUGAACAGAGUAUCCUUGAUACCACCACCAGCAGUUCUCGGCCAACGAUGGGAUUGACAACGUCGUCCAGCAGCGGGGCACAUACCCACCUGGCUGCCUCUCGAAGGGAGGUGCCCUCCACGCCCUCGACGUCCUCCCCUAUAACCUCCAACGGCAACUCGCCCAGGAUCCUCCCCUACGCCCUGACCGAGCCUGCCGUUCCGAGCAUCACCGCCAACACGUUCAACCCAGCCUCGCUCACCCCGGAGGACAUCCAGGCCUUUGUGAGGAAGGCAAUCGACGACGGGCCAGAGGGAGAGGUUGAUCUAGGAUUUGACGGCGAUGCCGGAGAAGGAGAGGGAGGAACCAAGCCUCCAAGAAGCAAGAGAGGCUAUCAGAUCAACGAACCGCCAACAGAUAGGCCUAUUAGAGUCUACGCCGACGGCGUAUACGAUCUCUUUCACUUUGGGCACUCGUUACAACUUCGACAAGCCAAACUCUCUUUCCCGAAUGUAUACCUCCUCGUUGGUGUCUGUUCUGACGAGCUCGUUCAUGCGUACAAAGCAAGGACUGUCAUGACCCAUGCUGAGCGACUAGAAGCUGUUCGCCACUGCCGUUGGGUAGACGAAGUCGUUCCGGACGCGCCGUGGGUGAUCACCCAGGAAUUCCUCGACCAACAUCAAAUCGACUAUGUCGCCCAUGACGAGGAAGCAUACCCGAGUGUCGGACACACGGAUGUUUAUGGUUUUGUCAAGGAGCAAGGUAAAUUCAUCCCCACCCGUCGCACACCCGGCAUCUCAACCUCCGCCCUCCUCUCCCGCAUCGUCAGCGGCUACCGCAACCGCAACUUUGACGACAAACUGCGCAAAAUGGGUAAAGAAGAACUCCAAGCGGAGGGGAGUGAGUACGACGGUCUGAGUAGGAUGGGCAGCAGUCAGGGUGGGAAUGUCAGUUCUAACGGGAGUGCGGGUGGAAGUAGGGCUAUUGGAGAAGUGAAGGAGGAGCAGGUGAAGGAGGAUACCAAAGCAGAAAAAGAGGGGGAGAAGGAGGGGGAGGAGGAAGUGAAACAGUAA